AUGAAAAUUCUAACAUUGUGUGCACUGACCUGUGCACUAGUCGCGGUGUCCUACUCAAGUCCUGUUAGAGAUAUCGUAAAAAACACUUCAGCCGAUAGUUCAAGUGAAGAAAGUGGCAGCAACGAAGCGCAAACGAAUAAAUUAAAUAUCGUAAAAGAUUCUUCCAGUGCUUCCAGUGAGGAGAAUCAAGUAUGUAGGUCGAAGGAAAAUCAAGCCGUCGAAAACUCAUCGAGUGAUGAAAGUAAUAGUGAGAAUGACCUGGAACCAGACGCUCAUGCAGAAACUGAGGACAGUUUCCAGCUACUUUCACGUACAGAGAGGGCAAUACAUUCCGAAAUUCCAACUCACAAUCUAAUUAAAGUCAAAGACUUGGGCACCAUAGAGUAUGAGAAGUAUUUGAAGUUAAAACGUAAUAAACGCAGUAGUAAAAAAUCCUCUGAAGAAAAUUCUUCCGAAGAAACCCAUGAAGACGGGCAUGUUGUUGCUGCCAAAAAGCCUGAGAAAGCCGAUGAAGCCACACUCGAAAGUAGACGCCGCAGAGAUGCCGACAGCAAAUCAUCAGACGAAAAAUCUUCGGAAGAGCAACACAACGAUGGUGUAGUGGUUCUUGCUAAGAAACCUGAAAAAGCCGAUGAAGCCACACUCGAAAGUAGACGCCGCAGAAAUGCCGACAGUAAAUCAUCAGAAGAGAAUUCUUCAGAGGAGCAACACAACGAUGGUGUAGUGGUUCUUGCCAAGAAACCUGAAAAAGCCGAUGAAGCCACUCUCGAAAGCAGACGCCGAAGAGAUGCCGACAGCAAAUCAUCAGAAGAGAAUUCUUCAGAGGAGCAAAACAACGAUGGUGUAGUGGUUCUUGCUAAGAAACCUGAAAAAGCCGAUGAAGCCACACUCGAAAGUAGACGCAGAAGAGAUGCCGACAGCAAAUCAUCAGAAGAGAAAUCUUCAGAGGAGCAACACAACGAUGGUGCAGUAGUUCUUGCCAAGAAACCUGAGAAAGCCGAUGAAGCCACUCUCGAAAGUAGACGCCGCAGAAAUGCCGACAGCAAAUCAUCAGAAGAGAAUUCUUCAGAGGAGCAACACAACGAUGGUGUAGUGGUUCUUGCCAAGAAACCUGAAAAAGCCGAUGAAGCUACACUGGAAAGAAGACGCAGAAGUGAUGCCGACAGUAAAUCAUCAGAAGAGAAUUCUUCAGAGGAGCAACACAACGAUGGUGUAGUGGUUCUUGCCAAGAAACCUGAAAAAGCCGAUGAAGCCACACUGGAAAGAAGACGCAGAAGUGAUGCCGACAGUAAAUCAUCAGAAGAGAAUUCUUCAGAGGAGCAACACAACGAUGGUGUAGUGGUUCUUGCCAAGAAACCUGAAAAAGCCGAUGAAGCCACUCUCGAAAGCAGACGCCGAAGAGAUGCCGACAGCAAAUCAUCAGAAGAGAAUUCUUCAGAGGAGCAACACAACGAUGGUGUAGUGGUUCUUGCUAAGAAACCUGAAAAAGCCGAUGAAGCCACACUCGAAAGUAGACGCAGAAGAGAUGCCGAUAGUAAAUCAUCAGAAGAAAAAUCUUCGGAAGAGCAACACAACGAUGGUGUAGUGGUUCUUGCCAAGAAACCUGAAAAAGCCGAUGAAGCCACACUGGAAAGAAGACGCAGAAGUGAUGCCGACAGUAAAUCAUCAGAAGAGAAUUCUUCAGAGGAGCAACACAACGAUGGUGUAGUGGUUCUUGCUAAGAAACCUGAAAAAGCCGAUGAAGCCACUCUCGAAAGCAGACGCCGAAGAGAUGCCGACAGCAAAUCAUCAGAAGAGAAAUCUUCAGAGGAGCAAUACAACGAUGGUGUAGUAGUUCUUGCCAAGAAACCUGAAAAAGCCGAUGAAGCCACUCUCGAAAGUAGACGCCGCAGAAAUGUCGACAGCAAAUCAUCAGAAGAGAAUUCUUCAGAGGAGCAACACAACGAUGGUGUAGUGGUUCUUGCAAAGAAACCUGAAAAAGCCGAUGAAGCCACACUCGAAAGUAGACGCAGAAGAGAUGCCGACAGCAAAUCAUCAGAAGAAAAAUCUUCGGAAGAGCAACACAACGAUGGUGUAGUGGUUCUUGCCAAGAAACCUGAAAAAGCCGAUGAAGCCACACUGGAAAGAAGACGCAGAAGUGAUGCCGACAGUAAACCAUCAGAAGAGAAUUCUUCAGAGGAGCAACACAACGAUGGUGUAGUGGUUCUUGCUAAGAAACCUGAAAAAGCCGAUGAAGCCACUCUCGAAAGCAGACGCCGAAGAGAUGCCGACAGCAAAUCAUCAGAAGAGAAUUCUUCAGAGGAGCAACACAACGAUGGUGUAGUGGUUCUUGCCAAGAAACCUGAAAAAGCCGAUGAAGCUACUCUCGAAAAUAGACGCCGAAGAGAUGCCGAUGACACAUCUGACGAAAGCUAUUUAGAAUGGCUAAGUAAAUUUGGUGUUCCCGAAUUUGAUGGGGAACCACAAAAUGCCGAAAGACUUCGCAGAAAUGCCGAUGAAACAUCUGAAGAGAAAUCUUCAGAGGAGCAAGCCAAGGAUGGUGUUGUAGUUCUUGCCAAGAAACCCGAAAAAGCCGAAGAGGAAAGUCUGAACAGACGUAAGCGUAGCGAAGUCAAGAAGCCUUGUUCCUGUACUAAACCGCCACUAAAUGAAGAAAAAGAGAAUAAUGAAAAGCGUCGUCGAAGAAAUGCAUGCUCCUGCCACAACUCGCACCAUCACAAAGGUGGACAUGGUGAAGAGACCUUGCCGGUAUCAAACGAGCCUAUUGAGAGAUUCAAACGUUCCAUGAACUCCGAUGUUCUUUAUGUUAGCGAAGAGUUGCCAAUGACAAAGAGUAUUGUCAGAGAUGCCGAUUACAACGAUCUCAUUAUAAGCCUUAGUGAGGAGGAACACCAAAAGGCCACAGUUAUGUCCAACAAAGGCGAAAAUGUCAAAUAUACCCUAGUCAAUGAGGACAAAAAUCGUCAAGGUAACAACCUGGAGGACGAACUGGACGAAGGCCAUGUUAUUCCUAAUGCCAGCGAGGAUAUGGAAAAGCAAAUGAGCUCUGAAGACGACUACGUCACUGGAUGUGAAGGCAAUGAUGCCGAUCAAGAAUCGCAUGAAUUAAACGAAACCAGCUUUGAUUAA